AACGGCAUAUAUUCAACUCCGACACAUAUCUACGCUUUUGCAUAACGUAUCCUAUGAAUUCUAACGAAGAAGAAGAUGUUCAUGGUGUUCAUGGUCGACAUAAAUUAAAAAAACACAAUGAAGAUCAAGCCGAUGGUGGAUGGAUCGAAAAAGAACGUAAACGUAUUCAAGCAUACGAUUAUCUUUGUCAUAUUGGUGAAGCUAAAGAAUGGAUCGAGGCUUGCAUUGGACAGAUUAUUCCUCCUAUUGAUCAGCUGGAAGAAUAUCUUCGUAACGGUGUUGUGCUGGCUCAUUUAGCAAAGGCAUUUGAGCCCAAUGCGGUCAAGCGUAUUUUUGAGGAUACAUCCAAGUUGCAAUUCAAGCACUCUGAUAAUAUCAACUAUCUUUUCACGGCAAUGCACAAUGUUGGACUUCCAGAUGUGUUUUUUUUCGAACUUACUGACUUGUAUGAUAAAAAGAACAUUCCCAAAGUGAUUUACUGUAUCCAUGCGCUUAGUCAUCUUCUUGCCAAGAAAGGAUUAACUCCUCAUAUCAAGAAUCUUGUUGGAAAGCUUGAAUUUACAGACGAAGUUUUACAUGCCACAGCACAAGGUUUAGAAGAUGCAGCCGUUUCCAUGCCUGCCUUUGGAAACAUUCAAAGCGCUCUUGCUGCCGAGUUAGAAGAAGAGAUAUCUCCUGAAGAAAUCCGAAGACAGUUUUUGGAGAGUCACGAAAAGGACAUUAUUAAAGUACAAGCUAUUGCUCGAAGAAGAGCUGCUCGUAAAGCGCAUGUUAAACGUCUUGCUCAUUUCUCUGCGCAUGAAAAAGAUGCUGUACGUAUUCAAGCGGCAUGGAAAGGCAAGGUGCAGCGUCGUGAGUACAUGCAACAGCUGCAGCACUACAAAAGCCACGAAUCACUUUUUGUCAAGUUACAAGCUCGUCGUAAAGGCAAAUUGGCGCGUCAAAGUUAUUUGGAACGUCUAAAGUUUCUCAAUGCCAAUGUGGAAUCAGCAAUUAAAAUUCAAGCAUGGUUCAAAGGAAAUCAAGCCAGACGCCAGUUUCUUGCACUUUUGCAUGGCAAAAAUGGCACUGAUCCCAAAACACUUCAAUCGUAUAUUCAUCUUCUUGAUGAUGGCGUCAACGAUUUUGACGAAGAGCUAGAGCUCCAAAAGCUACGUCGUCAGGUGAUUAAAGGAAUCCGUGAGAAUCUCCAAGCUGAACAAGAAGUGACUGAGCUUGAUAUGAAGAUUGCUCUCCUUGUCAAAAACCGGAUUUCGCUUGAAGAAGUGAUUCACUAUACCUCAAAAAAAAUGCGUCAAGCACUUGCUGCUGAACAUGUUUCUCAAGAAAAGGAAUCAACUUGGACUCUCAAGGGAAAUGAUAAGGAAACCAAAGAUCGUAGGCGUCGAUACGAGCAACUCUUUUAUCUGCUGCAGACCCAACCUACGUACCUUUCAAGACUGAUGUUUACCAUGAACAAAAAGCACGGUGCAAGUGUAACCAAGUUCCUUGAGCAAGUUGUUCUCACAUUAUAUGGUUACGCACAAAAUACUCGUGAGGAGUACCUGUUUCUAAACCUAAUCGAUUCUGCUAUUGGGGUUGAGCUGAACGAUAUUAACAAACUAGAAGAAUUUUGGCGCGACAAUCCAUUCUUUAUCAAACUGGUUCUUCAAUACACUCGUGGUGCCAAGGAACGCCAAUUUCUGCGUGAGCUGCUGCAACCUGUUUUAAGCAUUGUUUUAAACGACAAUCAACUUGAACUUGAAAGUGAUCCCAUUGCAAUUUACAAGGCACAAAUUCGUGAGGAGGAAUCUCGAACUGGUGAAAAAUCCAGCAAGCCAUACGAUGUGACUGCUCAGCAGGCUAGCCAGGAUGUUGACGUAAAGGAAGCUCAGAUUAAAGUGUUGUCCAAACAGAAAAGCAUUACGGAUAAAUUUCUUACUGCAAUCAUUGGAUCUCUCAAGAAAAUGCCAUUUGGUAUUCGUUAUAUUGCCAUGAAGAUGCGCGAGCAUAUGAAGAAAAAAUUCCCUGGUGAAGAAAAUGAAGAGGAAAUCAACAAGAUUGUUGGAAGCUUGAUAUACUACCGUUACAUGAAUCCCGCCAUUGUUGCCCCUGAAGCAUUUGACGUUAUUGAUGUAGCCAUCUCUGUUACGCAGAGAAAGAAUCUUGCCGAGAUUGCAAAAACUCUGCAUCAGAUUUCGCUUAAUAGAAGUAUUGCUACCACUGAAAGCGAUUACAACACCCAAUUGAGUGCUUACAUUAAAGUCUCAGGCAAGCGCUUUGCAAACUUUCUUCGCGAAGCUGUGACAGUAGUUUCAGCAGAAGAGCAUUUUAACAUGGAUGAGUUUGUUGAGCUCAGUCGUCAAGAAAAAGCCAUCAUUUAUAUCAGUCCAGAUGAAGUCAUUCAAGUCCAUCACAACAUUAUUGACAAUAUCGACAGCUUAACUACGACUAAAGAUGACCCACUUCGUAUUAUUUUGAACGAUUUAGGUCCUGUUCCCCCUGCCGAUGUGGGUGCUAAAGGGCCUGGCACAGAAAUCACUUUGUCUUUGACCAAUCGGUUUGCUAAAACCGAAGAUGAAAAAGAAGCCAAACUGCGACUUCUUAUCAACGAAACAAAACGCUUGAUUCUUGCAGUGAUUCGCAUCAAUGUGGGUAAAAGUUUGUUGGAUAUUCUGGAAGCUGCAUCAACAGAGCAACAAGAGCAGCAGUUUGCAGAAUAUCUCAAGCAGGAAUCAGCCAAAGGUUCGCGUAGUUCUACAUGUUCAAGUAUGCUCAAGGGCAGUGAUAAUGCAAUCAACAACAGUUCUCCAGCAACUAAUUCUCCAAACACUCCAGAGUCGCAUACCGUCAAUGACAAACUGUCUAAUGCCAAUAUUGUUGGUAUUUUAAAAAACGCGGAUGGGUCAGCUAUGACGUUUUCACAGCUUAAAGUCAAAGCUCUUGAGAAUAUGGCACAGAUUGAAAUGGCUGGCCAGGCACAAAAGGCAGAUGGCUAUCAAACCAUGUUGAACUCGAUUGUUGCUGAUAUGCUGAACAAGCAACGCCAGCGUGCUCAACGACGUCGUGAAGCCCAGUCAUUACAGACCACGCUCACCAAUUUGGAUGAAAAAUCCAAGUUUUUAGCUGACCAGAACAAGAGCUAUCAUGAUUAUAUUGAUGCAUGCAUGAGCCAACUGUCCAACAAAAAAGGAAAGCCAAAAAAGGCACCGCUGUUCAGCAAGCAGUAUUACCAUCUACGCGAUCUAAAAAAGGAAGGCAAGGUUCCUCAGUUUGGGUCGUACAAGUAUUCUGCUGCUGAACUGCACAAAAAGGGCGUGCUCAUUUCAAUUGACGACUACAGUCCUAAACAAUACGGCCAAAUUUCCCUUAUUCUUUCUUCGGACGAGGCUGGAGUAUUUAAUGUCGAAGCAUCUUUCCUGGGGGUUAAGCUGCCAGAAAAGAUGGAACUUAGACUAGAGGAUCUGCUGCAAGACCAGUACAACAAGGUGGAUGUGGUAACACUAUUUGACAUGGCCAAGGUCAAUCUCAAUCUGCUAAUUUUCUUGAUCAACAAAAAGUUUUACGUUUAAUUUAUAUUUUGAAGUUUCAACUAUUUUCAAUCUUUGAGAAUGCCGCCAUGUGUGGUGCAGUUUAUCUAUGCGCUCUACCUUGGGGCUAUCCAAAUCUAUUUCUGAAAUCAGCAUCUAUUGCACUUUCAAAUAAAUGUUUUGCCAAA